AUGCGAACGCAUCCCACGUUUUACGUUGGUCGGCUUAAGCCGUACCAUCAGUACGCUGCUUCUUCCGAUGAAGAACGCCCUUGCGCUCAAGCAUCUCGCAGAGAGCCUUGUGCUCCCGAUGGUGGGCAUCAACAAGGGUCUGAAGAGCAGUUAUCUCAGCCCGAGACCGAUCAACAAUCCCACGAGCUACCCUUAGCUCGUCACGAAAGAUGUCAGAGAUCUCUCGUUCUCAAGCUGAGCAAAGGCAAACUCAGCUCGAUGCUUCGAGGCAGUGUCCACCAUCUGGAGACGCCUAUUCCGCUCAUGCUCGAGAUCGUCGCGUAA